AUGGCUGACCUCCCACAAGCGAUUCACCCUGAUAUCCUCCCCAGGCUUGACCCGGAGUAUGUUGCUUUUCACAAUAUACAUAUAGCCCCUCGUGUUCCCCCGCACACUCUCCCUUGGGACCCAGCUAUCCGCAAUCACCCCGCGGUUCCUGGUGGUUCUCCAAUCGUGAAAGUGGGAAGUGUGAGAGAUUUCACUCUGGAAACAUGCAAACUACGCGGGUUUACGCCAGAAGGUGGCGCCCCUACAGAAGGAUGGCCCGUCUUGGUAUAUUUCCAUGGUGGUGGGUGGACGCUUGGCAGUAUCGAUACCCAGAAUGCAUUUGCUGCCCGUCAAUGUAAAGACAACCAAUGCCUUGUCGUGUGCGUUGACUACCGCCUGGCACCGGAAAACCCUUACCCUGCUGCGGUAGAGGAUGCUGUUGCAGCUCUUGAGUGGGUGUAUAAUAAAGGUCCAUCUGAGCUUCACGUGAAUGUGCAGAAAAUAGCUGUCGGUGGUUCCUCAAGCGGCGGCAAUUUAGCCGCUAUAAUAGCUUUAAAGGCCAGUCAGCUGACUCCUCCGAUCCCUAUCUUAUUCCAAUUACUUGUCGUUCCUGUUACCGACAAUACUGCGUCUACGUCAGGCGACCCGUAUCCUUCCUGGCGAGAAUGUCAGCACACCCCAUGGCUGAAUGUUGGGCGGAUGAUGUGGUUCCGUCACAACUAUCUACCCAACGAAGAAGACUGGAACAAAUGGGAUAAUUCCCCUAUUUUUGCUCCAGAUGACCUUCUUGCUAAGGCGCCAGCGGCAUGGGUUGGAGUCACAGAACUCGACAUCCUGAGAGAUGAAGGGAUUGCUUACGCUGAAAAGCUCAAGAGCGUAGGCGUACCGGUAGAGAUACAACAGUAUGAAGGCGCUCCUCAUCCGAUCAUGGCUAUGGAUGGUACGUGA